CAAUGAGAAAAUGCGGAAAACAGGGAAAUUCCCGGCGAUUCUUAUUAUGCAAAUCGCUGAUAAUAGCAUCAAGGGGGUGUUUAUUGGGCGUGUAAAAUUGGGACAGUGAAUGACGUGAGUUUUGUUGCCCGGUUCUCAAAUGGUAUAUAAAUCCACAAUUAAAGAGGGGAGAAUUAGAGAAAACUCGACCUUAAAUAUCUUCGCUGCGUUCGUAUCUAGAUCGAUAGAGAGAGAGAGAGAGAGCAGAAUGCUUUCAAUAUUGCAGAAAACGCGGUCCUCCGUACCAGUUGGAAAGCGUAUGUACCACAAAAUAUCUCGGAAAGCUAUUAUCGCCCCGGACUUGAAAGAGACGGUAACUGGCAGCUUCGCCUCGUUUAUUUAUGGGGUUCAGGCUGAUCAUCUCUCGGAUGUGGUUCUGCGGAGGAGUAAGCGCAUGAUUCUGGACAACAUUGGUGUCGGGCUACUGGGCAGCACCAGUCAUGUUUUUGACAUCUGCCUGAACUACUGCCAGCAAAUGUACAGCCAAGACCCGAUCAGCUCGGUGUAUGGACGGGGUGGUUUAAAACUUUCCCCAACUCUGGCUGCUUUCACCAAUGGAGUGGCGGUCCACUCCAUGGAUUUCGACGACACCUGGCACCCGGCCACUCACCCGUCGGGGGCUGUGCUACCCGCCCUCCUGGCGGCCGCCCAGCUAUUGCCAGAGAACUCCAAACCCAGUGGCGCCGACUUACUGCUGGCUUUCAACGUGGGCAUUGAAAUUCAGGGCCGCUUGAUGCGCUUCUCCCAGGAGGCGCAGAACAUCCCCAAGAGGUUCCACCCUCCAAGUGUUGUGGGGCCAAUGGGCAGUGCUGCAGCCAUUGCUAAAUUUCUCAAGCUUGAGCCCAAUCAAUGUGUUAAUGCCCUGGCUAUUGCAGCUUCACUUGCAGGGGCACCAAUGGCCAAUGCAGCCACCCAGGCAAAACCCAUCCACAUUGGCAAUGCUGCACGGCUGGGCUUUGAGGCAGCCAUCCUAGCCUCAAAUGGGAUGGAGGGAAAUGCUAGCAUUCUGGAUGAUACCCCUGGCUGCUUUGGAUUUUCUGCUUUCUAUGGUGAUUAUCAACCUCAGGAGAUAGCACCACUAGAGCAGACAAGCUUUCUGCUGGAAGAGCAAGACAUUGCAUUUAAGCGCUUCCCAGCUCAUCUGGGCAUGCACUGGGUGGUAGAUGCUGCUGUCUCAGUGAGGCAACUAGCAACUAUCAAUGAGGGUGUUUUUUCACCCUCUAUGAUUGAGAAGAUCAUUUUGCGUGUCCCUGUUUCCCGGUACAUCAACAGACCAUUCCCAAAGACAGAACAUGAAGCUCGCCAUUCCUUCCAAUUCAAUGCAUGCUCUGCAUUGUUGGAUGGAGAUGUGAGCAUUGAAUCAUUCAGUGAAGCCAACCUGCAGCGAGACGCUCUUAAUGAGUUACUCAAAAAAGUGGAGCUCCAACAUCCCGAAGAUAACGUGGCCAACUUUGAGAAAAUGUAUGGAGAAGUGGUUCUGGUUCUGAAGAACAAAGAUGUGCUCCGUGGAAGAUGUGACACCUUUUAUGGACAUUGGAGAAACCCACUAUCUAGAGAAUCCCUGAUCACGAAAUUCAAAAACAAUGCAUCAUAUGUGUUGCCGCAGGACAAUAUUAACUUUAUUAUUCAUACAGUUGAAAACCUUGAACAUUUGAGGGAUUGCUCCACAUUAAGUUCUGAUUUGGAAUGAAAAUGAUCAACUCCAUACUAAUAUCCAAAUGUAAUAUUAGCAUCAUGGCUUUUCAAAUUUGAUGGGCGGAAUGUAAUCUGUGUAUAAAUGAUUGAAACUCUGUGUACCACAGAGUGUGAAUUUUCUGGUAUCCCAAGUCUGGAGGGUACAGUAUGAGAUACUCUAUUUCCACUGACUGGUGGGUCAGUGACACUGAAUUAUAACCCAUAUCAAGAGUUUCUGAAGAUGUCCUUAGUAUAAUUUAAGUAUAGUCCUUGAAUAUUCUUUAGACAGAUGAAUAGAUGGGUUAUCGGGGCUGGCAGGAAUACAGAGUUGAGGUUACUGUCAGAUAUUGCAUGAAUGCUGCUUUGGAAAUCCCACCCACUUAGUGUAGCUUUGCUGCUAGCCACUCCUGCCUUGAAACUUGGCUAGAAUACACACUGAAAGAUGGACCAUAGACCACUACUAGUGUCCAUCAAUUUCUCACAUUAUAACUGCCUCAAAAUUCUGGCAGUGUUUUUGUAAAAAAAAAAGGCAAAUGCCUAAAAUUUCUGA